UCCUACCGCUUUGUGCUUCAUUCCGGAGCGACUCGGAGCAGCAAAACCGCUCCAGAGCGCCUCAAAGCCUGCCCCGCGGCGGACGUGCAGCCCCGGGAUCAUUGCACCCUCGCAUGAGGAGGGAAAGUGACUCGUGCCCGCAGAGACUUGUCGGUUCGGAGUUAGCCUGCGCUAGCUAAGUGAGCGGUCCGUGCAUGGCCACGCAGAAAGCCGUCCCGACUGUCUCCCACGCAGAUCGUUGAAGAUAAACGAUGCACUGAGGAAGCUCUUGAGUCCAGGUGGGGAGAUGAAAUGAAAGCAAGAGAACUGAAGCAACCUGCCUCGCGAGCCCACCCGACUGGGAAUCAGGUCAGCUCUGGAACAGUAGGUGGAGAAAAUGGCGUGCGGCACACGUCGUCCCGGGUCGGAGUGGGAGAGAAGUCUCCCGAGCCCUCGGAGAGUGUGUGCCGCUUCACCAGGAACAGUCGUGGAAAAGCCAGGGAUCUCAGCCGAAGACCUGGGAGGCCUCGCAAAGCCAAACAGUUGACAAAAGGCAAAACAGACCCGGAUACUGAUGAGUGCGCUGCAGUGCGGCGUCAGGACGUCAGCACCACUCUGCCUUUACCAACAAGUUUAGACAACCACAACACUGACGAGUUACCAGACGCCAUAGAUAAUAACUUAAUCGAUAACUCACUUCAUGGGAGAGAUUCUCAUCCCCACGCCGUCUCUGCUGAGAGAGUUGAAAGUGUUGACUCCUUGGCGCCCAAGAGAAGGAGAGGGCGGCCAAAGAAAAGAGACAGUCCAGCUUUUCAAAACACCGCGUCUGAAUCUGUUGUCAGCGUUUCUGCUGCCUCUCCUACUAAUGCUAAUAACGUUGAUGUCCCUACAAGGAGACUCCGGAGCAACCAGCUGCCCUCAACACAGGGUGAAAACUCUGCGUCUCACAGCAAUGCACACCCUCAACAACUUGCUUCCAAACAAAGUAACAGGAAAUCAAAGUUUCAAGCUGUCAAACGAAGAAGGCAGAGGUCGCAGGUCAACGAUCAGGUUCCAGAAAAAAUGUUGAAGUUGGACAAUUCCCAGGAGGCCGAAUCUCUGUCGUUCAACAACACAGAUUGUACAGUAACAGCAAAGGCAAAUCAGCAGAAGGGACCGGAUGACGACCGACCAGAAGGCGACGCAAACGGGGAAAACGUUCAGCUUUUCGCACAGGCGGGAGAGGAACGAGAGCGGCAAUCAAAUGAACAUGCGUCACCACAAAGAAUGUUGCCCUCUCAGCCCAAACCUGCCGCUACUUCUUCAGAAAGUUUAAGCAAUCUGAAGACAGUGAGUUCCUCUCUGCCUGUUCAGGCUCACAAAAACACGUCGGAGAAAAUAACUGGCAGCAAGGAUUCACAAUCCGAAACCCCCGACGACUCUGAAUCUCCACUGGAUGUAGAUUUGCAGACGGCAACAGUGUCCAAUCCAGGCGCCACACCAACCUCUGUGGAAGCACAGAAACCCGCAGACAUGCUGCUUGAACCCAAAGAAGAGGAUGUAGAAAUUGAUGUGGAUAGUUUAAAUCCCGCGUCACAGCUGAGGAGUCACAAGUCUGUUCAAAACCGUGCGAAUCCCACUGUUCAAGCAGAGAACCUGCCGGACCAGAGAAGCUAUUUUAGACGCAAGAGAGGUGGCAAGAGGAGGAGGAGAAUAACAGUGCACAAUGUUGUUUUAGCUAAAGAGGAUCGUGAAGCAUCCCAAGAAAGUAAAUGGGAAGGCGAACAGAAGGAAGAGCUCGAUGUGGGAGAGGAAAAUGUAGGAAACCAGGUGAACAUAGAUGCCAACGCUAAAGUAAUCUAUAUUAAAAAAGGGGGUAAAACCCUUUUAAAGUGUGGUUACUGUGGUCGUAUAUUUAAAUUUCAGUCCCAGUUCGUUAUCCAUCAACGUAUUCACACAGGAGAAAGGCCUUACAAGUGUCACGAAUGUGGCAAAGGUUUUAGUAAAAAUUCAAAUCUGAAUCUUCAUCUUAAGACUCAUAGAAAAAACAACAUAUAUCAAAAAUGUCCUUUUUGUAGUAUCAAAUUCUCCUGCCUCGAGUAUGCUUCGCACAUAGAGAUGCAUGCACAGGAGUUUGUGCAGGAAUAUAAGAUCGACAACCCCGAGAAACCGAACAGCGGGGCCGAUCGUGAGGACUGUCAGGAACUCGAAAAAAUGCAAGAAACACAAGAAAAGAAAGAGAGAAAACUUUGUCAAUACUGCGGGAAGUCCUUUCAGUUUCAGUCUGCCCUCGUCAGACACGUCCGAGUCCACACGGGAGAGAAGCCUUACAAGUGUGACAUAUGUGGCAAAGCAUUUGGACAGGCGUAUUUCCUCCGCGUUCACGAGCUGACGCACUGGUCCGUCAAACGGUACAACUGCACGCGCUGUGAAAAGUCGUUCACUCACUACAGCAACGCAAAAAACCACACCUGCAGACCUGUGGGGGGCGAGGAUGAGAUCCACCCCAACAGAUGCUUGAAGCCUUCGCUGACCUACACAUGCCACAUCUGUAAGAAUGUUUUCGACCGCCUGCAGGAGUUCAACUGUCACAUGAGGGACCACACGGGGGCAAAACUUUAUCGCUGCUUGUAUUGUGACAAGCUGUUCGGCGUGCAGUCGGAGUUCACUGCCCAUCACAACGUGUGCAAAGCGGAGCGACCCAACGCCGGCAUAAAGCAGGAAGCCACAAUGUCAUUAAUCCAGUACACAGUGCCUGCACUUAGGUGCUCAGUGGGAAACAAUUCAGCUCCUGUCACGGCUGCAAAUUGUGAAACCCAGAAAAAGCAAUCCCAGACGUCUCGCAAGAGACGCCUCAGUGACACAAACAAACCCUUCCAGUCCACCGUCAUCCGGGCCCACCCCCUCUCUCACCUGGUGUCCAAGCUGAACAAACUAGACACCAGGUCUGACCCAAGGAAGUACCUGUGUCCUGCCUGCGGCCGUCUCUUCAGACACAUGGGCAGGCUCCGGGCCCACAUGCUCACACAUUCACACAGUCAGAGUUACACGUGUGCGUGCUGCGGGAAGACGCUGGGGAACUGGAAGAAGCUGUGGCAUCACCAGAGAGUCCACCGUCAGCGACGAGGCCGCUUCUCUUGCCCUCGGUGCGGGCAAGGCUUCCGCUUCGUCGAGCCUUACAGAAAACACAUGAGAGAGCAUCCGGAGUUCGAGUGGGUCGGAGUCAGGCCCAAGAACGUCUCUCGGCCUUAUCAGUGUGAGCUUUGCCGAUGCGGCUUUGAGACACUGGACUUGUUGUUCGGUCACGAGCUCGGCCACGCUUCACCGCAGGAAGUGUGCAGGGACUCUGACUUUGAAUUGUCCUUAGAGGAUCAUAGCACUCAACCAAGCAAGAAAGCACUCAGCCUUCCUACCAGUAGCGCCACAUUGAUGUUUCACACAGCGCAGGAGCAGAAAAGCUCUGCUGUGAGCUCCUCAGCCCAACACCCAGCAGCAGCUGCUCAGCAGCCGCCGGCAGCACUCAUUGUUCAGAGUCAGAGAGUCAGUCUGACCGAUUCUCCCGGACAUCCCAGCAGGAGCCAUUCGGCCCAAGGCCCAGAAUCCAGCCAGGACAGAACAAAUGAACACACGCCUGUUAUGCCUUUAAGAACCCUGAAAAAAAGCUUCAUUGAAAAUGCCAGCAAAUCAAAGGAAGGGUUCUCAGAUGAUGUUCAGUGUGCGGUGUGUGGAAAUUCUUACUGUGCUAUUUCAGAUCUUUAUCAGCAUUAUUUACAGCAUGCCAGAGGACAGGUUUAAUCACACAGUAUUUUGGACUUUUUUUUGCAAUGUUUUGGGAAAACACGGUGGUUUAACAAAUGUAUAAGCAAAAUAUAAACAGUUUUAGCUGCUCUCAUCUGAGGUCACCACUUGGAGGAUGUGCUUACAGUUGUUCAGUCCAGUUCUGUGCUCGUUUGUCAAACGUCAAAAUCUCCUUACUACGUUUUUGUUUUCUGUUACUGUUCACUAACCCUCCUUUAGUUUCUCUAAGAUUUGUGAAGUCAGUUGAGCAGAAGAGCCAGAAAGAGGUCAUGUGCCAAAGUGAACUUUGGAACUGUUGACAUUUUUCACACACAGAGUGUACAUGAAAAUCAGCUGCCAAGCAGAAGGAGCCUCUGAAUGUCACUGGAAAUGUGCUAAGAUGUAAAAUCUCAUUUUAAAAAAUCGAGUGAGACGAUGACAUGACCGCUACAUGUGUUUUUUUUUUUUUGCCUUUUUGCACUUUGUUCCACAGUCUAGGUGGGACAUAGUCAACUUGCUUGAUUCAGCAAAGGAAGUCAAUCAAGUUUGAAACUCACGUUCAUUCAGUAUGUGACCACUGUGAGGUCAAUAUCAAGCCUCAGUGCUCUCUUGCCCUUAAGUGGAGCUGCGUCAGCAGAAGUGUGCUGUUUGCCAUUUAUAUCAACAUUUCAUAUCUAGGUUUUAAAUGGUAAAAUAUCUGCACUGCGUAUUUGUCAUAAUUGUGAUGGAUAUCUGAAAUUAAGAUUAACAAAAAAAAAAAAACCUGUCAAACGAACAUUCCACAUGUCGUGCCGAAUGCACUUUGCUCAUGAGCAACUGCUUUGGUUUUCAUCAAUGCAACUUACUGGAAUCUUGACAAAUAAUUUGUCCUCAACGGUUUUCCACAUGGACUUCUUCCUCUGUUGUAUAUAAUUUAUGCUUUAGUUUCACUUUAAAAAAAUUAAUAAAGCUCCUUUUUUUUGUAUUCA